UGAGAGUUGAAAAGCAAAAGCUUUUGCCUUUGGAACUUUGCCAAAAACAACAGAAGCAGUGAGAGAUCUAUCUGCUGGGAGUGCACCACAAUCACUUGAAUGGCACAAGAAGCCCAACCCCACAACCUCCCUUUCGGCGCUUCUGCUACAUAACACAAACAAACAAUCUUUGCGCUCAAAACCCAUCGCCACCAAGUCCAAAGUGCAUUUCUUUUUGUAGUAUAUGCGAUACCCACAUAGAAAGAUAGCCAAGGAAGACGCAGGAGGAAGAAAACAGCCAUGGAAGAAGAGGGGGUGGAGAUAGUAUUGGCUAAAGCCAUAGAAUUGAGGUUGAAGGUCACCAAUUGCAUCCACAAAGCAAGCACAGGCACCAACAAUAUCAAUGGCAACUCUCUUUCUUCUGAACAGAACAAAUUAGAAAAAGAACGUGCUGAAGAGGGUGUCGUUUUGAAGGGAGAGAAGGAACAGAACCCUAGUUCUCAGUCUCUUAAUGGGGGGUCUUUGAGUGAAGCAGAUGAAGAGGAUGAAGAGAAUGAAAGGCUUUUUAUUAUCCGCGAUGCUCUUGAAUCCCUUGAGCACCAGCUUUCCAACUUGCAGGAUUUGCAGCGACAGCAUCGUUAUGAGAGGGAAGUUGCCCUAAGUGAGAUUGAGCAGUGCCGCAAGAUGUUAUUGGAUAAGCUAAAGGAAUACGCAGGGGAAGACUUGGAAGUAAUACAGGAAGCUUCUGCUUUUGCUGGUGAAACGGUGGAGCAUAACAGUGAUCUUUUACUUCCACCUUAUCCAAACCGUCCUCCACAGUCCCUUGUCAUAGAUAAUCACUAUCUAUCAUACUUUCCUUCCACACGCAAGCCUGUGCAAAAUGGCGUAAUCACUGGUGAAGCUAAGAAGAAACUGAAAGAGUCGGAGAGAAAUAAGGCAGAGGCUGUAUCUAAAAAUUCAAGCAGAGGGUUAGGACAUUUCAUUGGUGCAGCUGUUAAGACAGUGAUUACUAUUUUUGGUGUGAUAUCAGUGUUAAGCCUGUCUGGUGUUGGACCUAGUCUUGGGAAAAGAAGCAUACCAUUCAAGUUUGAGGGUUUGUUUCAGCAACCAACAGCUAAAGAAGAGAGACACAAUGAAUGUCCACCUGGGAAAGUUCUUGUAAUGGAAGGUGGGGAAGCUCGGUGCAUUGUGAAAGAAAGGAUUGCAAUUCCUUUUGAAUCAUUGGUUGCAAAGCCAGAUAUAAAUUAUGGCUGUGGUUAAUUUGGUAUUCAGAAUCUUCUUUCUUCUUUUUCUUCUUUUUCUUUUUCUUUUUUUUUUUUGUUUCCCUUUUUCUUUUUUUCUCUAAUGAUUUCUUGGUAGAUGCAUCACCUAUCUGUUGUAUUUGUUCCUUUGAUAUAAGGUAUGAAGAUCUUGUUUUAACAGCCUAAAAUAGUUGUGUUGAUAGGAAAGUAUGGGUGUAAAUGAAUUGAGCAAGCCAAGUUUUGAUGAGUUUAAGUCUGUUUCGUCAAAAUUUCUCUCUCUUUCUUUUAGUCACUGAUUUAUGGUUUUUUACGUAGAUACACAGAGUAUGGAGAGAAAAAGAACAAGAGUGAGCGCAUUUAUGGAAGAGAAAGAAAUUCGAAUGAUCAAAUCCAUCUCCAGUUCCCCACUUCAGUAUCUCAUAGCAAAGUAGGAUUGAUAGUGGUUUCUUAACCAAUGCCUGGCUCUGUUUUGGCUCUUGAUAGUUCAGUUACAUGAGCAAGCCAAUACACUCGUGCCACAGCCCUUCAGCCUAUAUAAAUCCUGGCUUCUAACAGGGAGUUCAGCUGAAUUUGGAAACGUAAAUCGGAAGAUAUCGAUGUCGAAAGGCAAGCACUUGAACUUAUUCCGUGUGAUUGCAAGUCUGAGCCUGUGAAUCAGUAGUGCGACUUUAGAAGACAGGCAAAGUCACUGUGAAAGAGUCCAGUCUGAAAGAUUUAGUGGCUACUCAUUUCAAAUAAGGGGUCCUUGAUGAAUGUUUUGGGCUCGAUGAUUACACAUUGUCUCAGCUGAGUAUGCAUUGCCUGAAACUGCAAAGAAGCGGUACCAGAAAUGUGGUCAGCUGAGAUGAAGAAAGGCAUGGUCAUAAGCUGAUCAUUAAUUGGUGGCUGCUAUCAAAACUGAAACGAAGCCUCCUUCACAAACUCCUUCAGCACAAGAGGGACAGGGUGGAUGUCUGAUAAUCACUUGAAAAAAGUUGAAGUGUCUAUAUCAAAAAAUAAGGAAAAUUUGAUGAUCGUUCUUCUAUUUUGAUCAUUUACUGUUCUCCAAAUAUCUGUCUGCAAAUACAACAAUGGUUUUCAUUCUAAUAUCAAUCGGUUUUAACUCA